AGGCUCACUGCAGGACAAGAGGAGGAUAUAUGAAGGGCUGAGAUGAACUGAAGCUGCUGUGGUCAUGAGGCCGAAGCAAAAACGACAAGUGUGCGUCCUUCUACCCAACAAGCAGCACCUGGACUGUACGGUCAGGACGCAGGCCAGAGGCCGUGAGGUGUUGAACAGUGUGUUGAAGCAGCUUGGCGUCAGUGAUCUCCAAGUCUUCGGCCUGGCUGUUCUCAGAGAUAAUGAAUACCUCUUUGUUGAUUUGGAACAAAAGCUGAACAAGUACUUCAGGAAAAGGUGGAGCAGAGGAUCCUUGAUGGUCCCAUUCAUCUUAUUUCUGAGAGUGCAGUAUUACGUAGAGAGUGGGCAGUUAAUAUUGAGCAGCAAAGUGCAGCAGCUCUACUACACCGAGCUGAGGCAGAAGGUGCUGCGCUCACAGAGCCGCCAUCAGGAAGCUCUGCUCUUCCAGCUGGCAGCGUCUGUGCUCCAGGCUGAAGUGGGAGAUUUGGAGCAGAGAGAAGGGAGUGAUGAAGAAGUGGAGGAGGAGGGAGAGGAGAAAAGACAGGAGAGAAAACACAGACAUUACUUUCUUCCUGAAGAUUACUUUCCCUCUUGGUUGAUAAAGCGUCGUGGCAGAGAAUACCUGCUCCGACACAGUCCGGUGUUGCACGGUGAGCUGAGAGGUGUGUCACGCAGCCAAGCCAUCCUGCAGUUUAUAAAAGAGGCCAGCAGCCUGCAGGACGGACCAGUCACCUUCUACAGGAUGAGACAGGAGAAAAAGAUGCUCAAAUGUUCAAUUCUUCUUGGCGUUACACUGAAAGGAGUCCAUAUUUAUCAGGAGGUGGAAGGGAAGCAGUGUCUGUUGUAUGAUUUGUCCUGGACUAAUAUAGACCGCUUCACUUUCCAGGGCUGCAGGUUUGAAAUCCACGCAGUGGGCUCUCUGUGCCUCCCCAAGCUGCUCUAUUACACUCAUUCAGCCUUCCACUCCAAACACAUCCUGAGGCACCUCAGUGACAGCCACAGACUCCACAUCAACACCAGAGAUGCAGUCAGCUACAUCCAGCAGCUGGAGGACAUGCAAGCCAGUCAGUUCUACAAAGAGGCCUACAUCUGUGACACAGCACGGCUUAUACAGAAACUCCACUGCAACAGCCUCACAUCCUCCAUGUCUGACUGCAGCGCUGCAGUGGAAACAACCACACAUACCUGGACCGAAGAGGAGGAGGAGGAAGGCUCUAUGACAGAGUUUGAGCUGUGUGUGGACGAACCAGAAGAGGUUUUUGUUGACAACCCAGCUGAGGUGCCCUGGCUGGCUGAGGUGCUCCGUGCUGUGCCUAUUGAUGGACGCAUGGUGUUACCUCCAUCUUGUUGGACAGCUGUCACCAUGGAAAUGAAACAGGUUUUGAAGAUGAGGGCUGAUGAGGGCCUUUCUGUGGACUAGUGCACAGCCAGAGGCAAGAUGGACUCAUUACAUGUUCUGCAGCUCAGCACAAGACCCCUAAUACAACUGCCCUGAUACUCACAUCAUUUUACAAAUGAGUAAUCACACUGAAGGUUGAGAGGUCAACUAAUUCUGUACCUAACAUAUCAAUUAUAGUGGCAAUUACUGUAUUUCCAGUGUAACAUAAGCAUCUUUUAACUAGUAUCUGCAACUAUAAUCAAAAUAAAAAUGU